ACUCAAUUAUUAGCACAAAGCUGAACUUCAAUUUUUUUUUAGCUCAAUUAUUCUGCACUCUUCCCGGGAAGGAAGUAUAGCUAACCUUAGAAGGGCUCUGAGCUUAACAUUACAGCAUCAAAGUAGAAAGUGCAAACUAAGUUACUGCCUAUACAGUACAGAAGGCAUUUCAAUAUCACUCAAAACACAGCACAAUGGGUUUUCUAUCUGGUUUUUCUUGCUGCUUCCAAUCUUCUUCUGGUGAUAGAGGAACACAUAUCUUAGAAGAACAACCAUCAUCCAUUAUAAGUGAACUCUGCCGUCAGUUUUCACUUUCAGAGAUGCAAUCAGCAACAAAUAACUUCCACAAUUCUUUGAAAAUUGGAAAAGGCUCCUUUGGCAAUGUCUACAAAGGUUAUCUGGAAAACAGUUCUACACCAGUUGCCAUCAAACGGUGCAAGAAGGAUUCAGUUUUUGGUCUUUCCUGGUUGAAGAAUGAGGUUGUCCUGCUUUCUCAGCUGCAACACCCCAAUCUCAUCUCCUUGGUUGGAUUCUGCAUUGAAGGAACUGAGUUGGUUCUUGUAUAUGAUUACAUGUCUAAUGGUUCCAUUCGUGAUCAUCUUCAUCGUGGGAACAUCGAUCCACUUACAUGGAAGAGGAGGCUUCAAAUUUGCAUAGGAGUGGCGCGUGCACUGCACUAUCUUCACACAGGAGCCAAGUACACUAUUAUCCACCGGAACAUUAAUACAAGUCUAAUUCUUUUGGAUAGUAAUUGGGAACCAAAAGUUUCAAGCCUAUUAUUAUCCAAAAGGGGGGCACUUAGUACUUCAAAGUCAUUGACAAGGGUGGAGUCAGGUGUGAAGGGAACAAUCGGGUAUCUUGAUCCGGAAUAUGCAGCAACAAAUAUGCUGACUGAAAAAUCAGAUGUAUUUUCAUUCGGCAUAGUUCUAUUAGAAGUUGUGAGUGCAAUGCCGGCACACGAGAUUAACAGAGAAUACUUUCAAGGCUUUAAUCAGUCACUGAGGUCAUCUGCAAAUGAAAUUGUUGAUCCAAUUCUCAAGUCUAAGAUUGAUCCAGAUUGUUGGAAAACAUUUGUUGACAUCACUAAGAGAUGUUUGCUUAUGGAGGGAAGGGAGAGGCCAGACAUGGGAGAAGUGGAGGUGGAACUUGAACUUGCACUGAAAUUGCAAGAGGAAGCUGAUGCCAAGAAUUAACUGCUCUAAUUCUGGUAAAAAAUAUGAUUUCCUUAGUUGAGUGGUUUGUCUGAAUUUUCAGAAGAUAUGUUUGGCAGAUGUAGUUCUAAAAUCAAUCACUUGUUUCAAUCCCAUUGUCACUGAA